AUGCGCGGUCGGGAGGAGGCGGGCGCUCCUCGGCCCACAGCGACCCCAUGUGGGUGCGUGAAGCCGGCGCUAGAGACAGGGAAUAUAUUAACUGAGCCAAUUGGCUACUUGGAAUCUUGUUUCUCAGCCAAGAAUGGUACUCCAAGGCAGCCAUCCAUUUGCAGCUACUCAAGGGCUUGCUUGAGAAUUAGAAAGAGCGUCUUUAAUAAUCCUGAACAUUCCUUGAUGGGCUUAGAACAGUUUUCUCAUGUUUGGAUUUUGUUUGUUUUUCACAAGAAUGGUCAUCUGAGUUGCAAGGCCAAAGUGCAGCCUCCUCGACUAAAUGGUGCAAAGACUGGAGUUUUUUCCACAAGGAGCCCUCAUCGUCCCAAUGCAAUUGGACUGACCUUGGCAAGGCUGGAAAGGGUAGAAGGUGGAACUGUGUACCUGUCUGGAAUUGACAUGAUUCAUGGCACACCGGUCCUAGACAUAAAGCCCUACAUAGCAGAUUAUGACUCACCCCCAAAACUGCUGCGGCAACCUCUCCAGAACUUGUGCCCACCUCAACUGGAAGCUGUACCCCACUCUGAGGGCAGCCUCUCAGUGCCGGCUGGAACAUGGUCCCAUGGUGACCCUGAGGAGAGUCCACAGAUGCAAUGGGAGUCCAGAGCUGCAGAGCCAGCUGUGGAGCAGAGUGUACUACAGGAAGGCACCAAGGGCGGGGGGAGAGAUCCCACAGCACCACUGAGAAGCAACACAGAGAUGGACCCUGGACCUCCUCCCUGCUCUUCUCACCCAGCCAAGGCAGCCCUGCACAGUGCCGUGCCCGCCUGGGUGAGGGACGCCCCCAUAAUUACCUUGCAAGUCCGUUUCACGCCACAUGCAGAGGCGCAGCUCAGGGACCUUGGCUCCAAAGAUGGUGGGCUUGACUCCUUUAAAUACCUCCAAUCUGCAGAGGAGGCACAAAUGGCCAUCGAGGCUGUGCUGGCGGCCGACCCCAGGUCUGUUUAUCGCAGGAAGUUCUGCCAGACCGCCUCUUACUACUUCACUGUUGACAACCGUGCACGUUGACCUGCUGGGUUUGGUGACGACUUUGCUGAGGUGCUCAGGGUCCAGCCCACUUCUGAGCCUCCUGGAGUGACUACUACUGGGGAGGGCCUUGGGGACCUUGGGGUCCUAAAUUCUAAGGAGCUGUUGGCAGCCCGCCUGGGUUCUGUAAGAUUUGAGUUGACUACUGAAUCGGCGCUGAGAGUUAAAGACCACUUCCGGGGCCGGAGAGACUCACAGGAGGAAUCAUCCUCCUUCAUUCAGGUUGUAGUUCAAGUGUAA